GACUACAACGCUCCGUGAGUCUCUAGGCGAAGAAAAGCGGUCCAUCGAGAUGACCGCGGUGAAGGAGGGACUCACGGAAGAACGCGGGGAGGCCGGCGCCGCCGCGCCCAUCGACGAGCUGCCGCCGGAGGUCUUGUACCAUAUCCUGUCUUUCCUCCCGAGAUCUGCCGGGACGGCCAACGCCCUAGUCGGCGUGUGCAAGGGAUGGCGCGAAGCCAUCCUCACGGACGAUGCGUACCUGGGCUCCCUUGAAUUCUCCCUCGACGCGUCGCAGCCGUUCAAGGGCAUGGAGACGGUCAGAGGCGCGGUGGCCCACAGGCGAACGUGGGCGUACGCCGAUCGCCACGCCCGCGCGAUCGAUGGCGCCGCCUCGACGACGACGACGACGACGACGACGGGCAUGGAGACGGUCAAGGGCGGCGCGACGGUUCCGGCGCUGCUGCGCAGAGCCGCGGAUGUGGGCUCCAACGCAACCGCGCUCGAGACGCUCGCCACGCUGUUCGAGGCGCGGGGGGACGUCGCGGGCGCGUACAGGUCCUGGAGGAAGGCGGCAUCGCUCGGAUCGUGUCUCGCGCAGUUUAAGCUCGGGGAGAUCUUCUACAGGGGGCUGGGGAACCAGGGCGUCGACGGCGAGGAGGCGCUGUUUUGGCUGAGCAAGGCGAUGAAAUCAGCCACCCUCGCGCCGGAGUGCCGGGCGACGGCGGCGGGGAUAAUGGGGUUCCUGCACCUCGACGGGGAAGGAACCGCGGCGUGCAACGUGACUGCGAUCAAGUGGUUCAAAGUCGCGGCGGAGAACGGGUGCGCGGAGGCGCUCAAAACUCUGGGAUGGCUAUACUCCACGGGCCAGUACUGAGAAGCUUGCUCUCCUUGUAAAAAUCCUGUUGUAC